AUGCUGACUCUGUGUUUCUCUGCAUCUCUGCUUUCCUACAGCAACUGUGUUACGAUGAUGGCCAAAGGAAAUUGCAGCCCCAGUGCUGAAUUUGUUCUCUCAGGGUUCUCAGAGCAGGGGGCUGCCCAGGCUGUCCUCUUCAUGGUCUUCUUGGUGAUCUACCUGAUCACUCUGCUGGGGAAUCUGGGGAUGCUUGUGUUAAUCAGGCUGGAUGCCCAGCUUCACACCCCCAUGUACUUCUUCCUGAGCAGUCUGUCCUUCCUAGACAUCUGCUACUCCUCCUCAAUCACCCCCAGACUGCUCUCGGAUCUCCUAGCAGAAAGAAAGGUCAUUUCUUACUCUGCGUGCCUCACACAAUUUUAUUUCUAUGCGGUCUUUGCCACCACCGAGUGCUACCUCCUGGCUGCGAUGGCGUAUGACCGCUACGUGGCCAUCUGCAGCCCACUGCUCUAUGCCACCUCCAUGUCCAGCAGAGUUUGUGUGCUGCUGGUAGGUGGCUCGUACCUCACUGGGAUCGUGAAUGCCACUAUCCACACAGGGUUUGCACUUCGGCUGUCCUUCUGUGGUCCCAACAUCAUCAACCACUUUUACUGUGAGGGGCCCCCGCUUUACGCCAUCUCCUGCACGGACCCCACCAUCAAUGAGAUUGUGAUGUUCCUUGUGGUUGGCUUCAACCUAUUUGUCACCAACCUGACCAUCCUCAUCUCCUACGCUUACAUCCUGGCCACCAUCCUGAGGAUGCGCUCGGCCACAGGCAAACACAAAGCCUUCUCCACGUGUGCAUCGCACCUGACCACCGUGACCCUCUUCUACGGAUCUGCUGCGUCCAUGUACUCACGACCCAGCUCCCGGCACUCCCAGGAUCUCGACAAAGUGGCCUCUGUGUUUUACACUGUGGUGACCCCCAUGCUGAACCCCCUCAUCUACAGCCUGAGGAACAAGGAGGUGAAGAAUGCUCUGGGGAGAGUGCUGGAGAGGUUCAAAGGGACUGACCUGGAGACAAAGGUCACGAUGGCUAUUUCGUAUUUGCAGUGCAGGCAAGAUGAAUUGCUUCCUAAAGUAGCUGGCAACAGGGCGGAGAAUGGUCAGAUGAAGAAGUCUACACCUGUAGAUGACAACAUUCAGCUAAAUCAUGCUCAGACUCAACAGCUGACACAAAUUCUGCUGAAAAGCUGGGCACCCGCUGGCAUUGAGGUAAGCUGUGAAUAUGGGAUCAGGCCGUUUUUUGGUGAGUUCACUGCCAGAUAA